AUUUAAUAUUUUUUCUUGUAAAUAAUCUAAAUAUGCAGAUUAGUCAGUUAUAAUAAUUAUAGAAAUUACAUUUGAUUAUUUUAUGCGCUGUUCCGCAAGAGCAAUAUAUACUAUUCGAAGAACACCAUGGUUACUUCAUGCCAACAAAUAAUUCGUGAGUUACUAUGAUACGUAUCAUAACUUGCAGUUCUAAACUUAAAUUCAUUGCGAACUAUUCACGUUAUUUUCAUUGUGGGAAAAUUAAGGUAAAAACUAUUUAAAAAAAUGUUUUCCCAACACUCACGUUAUAACUACAGUGCUCAUCCUUAAUAGUGGAAUAUCAUAAUUGUGCGAUAUCACAUAAUCGAUAAUAGGACUAAUAAUUUUCAAGUUGUUCUUCCAGAAAAUUUAAUUGAUCAUGUUCAAUCCGUUAUCAAAAUUUCAAGGACAAGUUAAGAGCAAAAGGGAAAGAAAGAGAUGGUGGCUGUUCCAUGCCACCGAUUUUCCAUCUUUGAUGUAUCCCUGUUUUAUCUUUGGACGUAUUCUCGGAACAUUUCCGUAUACAAUUAACGGUUUAUCCUUCGUCAUUUCUAAACCUUUCUACAUUCUAUCAAAUAUAGUGAUGUGUGUCUUCUGUUUUGGUUUGUUAAUACUAAUAGUUAUAAUGAAUUUUUAUAAAAAGUACGACAACGGCAACAAUGAAGAAGAUAUUAUUGCAAAUAACUUUUAUAAUAUAACUAGAAAUUUUAUAAUAAUUACCACGAUCAUCUCAAACAAGCAACGAAUGCGCGUUUUACAAACUAUAAUAAAAAUUUCUUCAAACCUAUCUUCAGGAUUGUAUCAAAUGUCAUCUGUAUUGAUUCACGCCAAAGACAUUUUUGGAUUCUCCUACUUGAUCAUGCAUACAUUAUAUGGUCUUUAUAUAAUGCAAAUUCCUUUUUUACAUAGUGUGAUGUUAUUGUACAUCAAUCUUCUAGUGUUUCAAAUGGAUAUGCUGUACAUAAAUUGCGUUUACGUGCUAAAAGUUUGUUUCAAAAAAAUAAAUGACGAUUUGGCAAAUUUAUUAGUAAACAACGAUGAAUCGCAUUUAGUUAAAUGGAUCAAUCAUGAGCAGAGAAACCAUCUUUUGUUAGAGCUUAAGACCAUAAAGAAACAACAUUUGAUGAUCAGUAAUACAGUGCAGAAGUUAAAUAUAACUUUUAGUCCACAGCUCCUCGCAACAUUAGGCUUAUGUUUCAUCAGCAUUACAUUUGAACUGUACUACAAUAUACAGUGGAAAAAUGGAUUGUAUAUUAAUUGGACUAAAGAGUUUGAUCACACUUGGAUAAUGAUAGACGUUGUGCAUUAUUGUAUAAAAUUAGCAAUGAUAGCAUGGGCUUGCGAAACUGGCAAAACACAAGCUAUAAAGAUCAACACUACGGUUCAUGAUAUGCUUAAUAGUAUUGACGACAAUAAAAUUUCACGUGAGUUGCAGUUGUUUUCUUUACAAAUAAUGCAUUGUGACAAUACAUUUUCUGCGAAAGGUCUCACUCUCGAUGCGACGCUUAUCACAAAGGUGAACAAUAAUUUAUCAACAAUUGUUUAUAUACCUUUAAAUUAAAUUACACUAUAUAUUUUAUAAUUUUGCUUUCAGAUGGUCGGUACUGUCGCUACACAUUUUUUAAUUUUAAUACAAUUUUUGAUUAUGACACAUUCUUGUGAUAAAAAUAAAGAGCAAAUGGUACACAAGCAACCUAAAUCAGUAUAAGUAAUCUUAUAAAAAAUACAUAAUCCCCAAAAAAUUAAAUUUUAAGCAUUAAAUUUUGUAUUUCUUUUUUAUCAUAAAAAUUAUGUAAAGUAGAAAGUGUAAUGUAACAACCCAUUUAUAUUUUGUAUAAUACCUUUGUUAAUAAUCAAUAUUUUAAAUUAAAACUUAACAAUUAUAUUCAUCAAAGUGUAGUGCAUUAA